CGCUUCCACCUUCCGGGCCACCAGUGGCCGAGACCUCUGGACCACGCACGUAGCAAAUGCAGUGCGCCUACUGCACCAGCCAACUGGUGAGCGGGGGAAGCUGGUACAUGCUCGCUGAUCGUCGGUAUUGCUGUCAAGAGCACCGCCUGAGCGCACACGCUGCGGCGGCCGCGGCAGCAGCGGCUCGCUCCUCGCCAAUCCCUAUCCCGAUGCAGAAAGUUUGUCGCCCGAAGCGUGUAGGCAACCCGCUCGAAGCCCUCCGCGUCUGCGCCAAUGCAAUGCAGCGACCAAGCAGCGACCUGGGCCUUGCGCUGCUUGCGACGAUCGCUCCCAACGCCUCGCCACACGCCUGGCCGCUCGACCGCCCCUUUGACGCGGUGGCGAAUACUGAACGCAUCCCAUCGCUGGGCAUGUGCGAGUGCCUCUCAGAGAUGUGUCAGAGUGUCGUGAGACCGUGUGUCGGGGACUCGGGGGCUGUCACAGUGUUUGCCAAGGACACCGCCCGCGCCUAA